AUGUCUGGUACCCCCCCAGAACCCAGAACAAGGCGCCGGAAAGCAGCCCACCCAGCAGCCACUAAACUGAAAUCCGUGGCUCCGAUGCUGGGCAAACGGAAUCUCACCAAACGAGUUCAGAAAGUCCUGCGCAUCGGUCGAUUCCUGUCCUCCAGCUUAGCCUCCAAGCGUGCUGUUGGGUUCUACCCUCGAGAUGUGACCCUAUCCUGGGAUUCCUCCUCUCCUGGACUCCCCUCCUCCACACAGCAGGGACCCCCCACAGUAAACCAGGAUGGCAGCUAUAGCACCAGCACCAGCCUGCAGGUUAAUGAGGCACUGUGGAGCCCGGGGACUGAGAUCAGCUGUGUACUCAACCACUCCUCUCUGGCACAGCCUGUAAGGGAAUACAUCCGGAGAGGUGAGGUCCAGCUCACAGUGGGCUCUGUCAAUGAGAGCAGCGGUCUGCUGAUCCUGAGCUGUAGUGCUGUUGGGUUCUACCCUCGAGAUGUGACCCUAUCCUGGGAUUCCUCCCCUCCUGGACUCCCCUCCUCCACACAGCAGGGACCCCCCACAGUAAACCAGGAUGGCAGCUACAGCACCAGCACCAGCCUGCAGGUUAAUGAGGCACUGUGGAGCCUGGGGACUGAGAUCAGCUGUGUACUCAACCACUCCUCUCUGGCACAGCCCAGCAGGAAAGGAAUGAGAAAACCCAACAGCAAAAAAACAAGAUCUCUGUUUGUGGAGUAUGCAGUGCGUCACUUCCUGUCUGCUGUCAUCGCCCUUUUGAUUAUUGGACUGCUGUUCAAGGUCUACAAGUCUAGGAAACACGACCCAGGUACCGAAGAAAUAAAAAUGGAAAUGGGAGACAAAUGGAACAGAUCCGGGAUUUCUGAAACCAACGCAGCUGCAGACUUUUGAAGAGUGAUGUGCUGGACUAAAUCAACUUACUGAGCCAUUCGCCAACCACAAGAGAUUAAUAAUAGAGACUGAUCUGUCUAUCUCUGUAGCCAGGACAUGCUGUGACUCGAUAUACAGCACAACAGCAAAAGGCUAAAAUGUUAAAUAAUGCACAUGUAGUUUUAAUGAAGUAGAACAGUGUCAUGUACCUCCUAAAUAUGUGGACUGAUAGUCAUUCUUUUAUUGAAGAAGAUGAGUUCACUGGGAUUACUUUUGUUUCAAUUCAGUCAUCAUUUUUUCCUGCUGUAUAUAAAAGAUUUAAAUAUAAUUUUAAAGCUUGUUUUGGGGCUCCGAAAAACAGAAACAGUAGCUAGCAGAGCUUUUAUUUUACCCCAAAAAUGUAUCGCAUACAUGAUCAGUAUUCUCAGAUUUGUCAAUAAUCUUGUAUACAUGUUUUCAUGGUUAUCAAUGCAAUGCAAUAGAUGCAAUUUUGUAAUUUAAAAUUAA